ACUAUAUUAUAAACUCCUUGCCUAUCAUCCACCUGGUUGACCGACAUUUUGGGAUAAGGGGGCUCUGCUGGGAGUCCGCAAGUUGUAUUUGUACAAUGGCAUCAAAUACGAUAAAAAACCCUCUACUGAGAACUGUUGCUAACCGCAGCUUCAGUGCUCAAGCUUGUGCUAAGCCUGUUCCCAGUGCUAAUGCAGAAGUUAAAACUACUGUAUUGCCCAAUAAAUUAAUUGUCGCGUCUGUGGAAAAUAACUCUCCUAUUUCACGAGUCUCUAUUUUAUUCAGGGCGGGGUCUCGUUAUGAAACACAUGAUAACUAUGGAAUUUCCCAUGUUCUUCGAAUUGCUGCUGGUCUUGGAACUAAGUGUUACAGCCAAAUUGGAAUUACUCGUCAUAUUCAGCAAGUUGGUGCAAAUAUAAGUGUUACAUCUGACAGAGAAUUGAUUUCUUACACUCUUGAAACUACAAGAAAUGAAUUAGAAAAUACUUUUGACAUCUUGAGUAAUGUUGCAAUGCAGCAAGCUUUUAAGCCUUGGGAAAUUUCGGAUAACCUUUCACGAAUUAAGUAUGACUUGGCAGCUCUACCUCCUGUUAUAAGGUCUGUGGACUUACUUCAUAAAGCUGCAUUUAGAACAGCGUUGGGCAAUUCCAUAUUUUGUCCAAAACAUUCUAUUGGAAAGAUCAGUUCAGAAACGCUUCAGCAUUUUGUAAGGAGUCACUAUUUGGCUAAUCGUGGUGCAGUUGUGGGGGUGGGGGUUGAUCAUGAUCGCCUUCUAGCCUAUGCCCAGAAUUUGUGUAUUGAAGAUGGAGAGAGUUGUGACCAAUCUUCUACUUACAAAGGUGGGGAGAUUCGUGUGGAUACAGCCUCUUCCAGUGCUAAUGUAGCUGUGGCUGUGGAGGGCGCAAGCUUAAAAAGUACUCAAGAAGCGCUGGCAUUUGCUGUUCUGCAAUAUGCCCUUGGUGUUGGCCCAUCAGUGAAGUGGGGAUCCCAAAAUAACACACCAUUUGGCAAAGCAGUUGCUAAUGCAGCAAAAGAUGAUCCUUGUGCUGUGUCUGCUUUGAAUGCUAGUUACUCGGACAGUGGAUUGUUUGGUUUUGUUGUAUCUGGUGCACCUAAUGUUGCUGGCCAAGCUGUUAAAGCAGCAGUUAAGCAGCUGCGCAGUGGCAAUGUUUCUGAAGAAGAUAUACGUAGAGGAAAGGCACAGUUGAAGGCAUCUGUGUUAAUGGCUGUUGAAAGUGGAGCAGAAUUAGUUAAUGAAAUUGGAGCACAGGCUGUCCUUUUGGGAAAUGUUACAUCAGGAUCCAACCUGGCAUGUGUAAUUGAUCAGCUGAAGAGUUCUGAUGUCAAUGCUGCUGCGAAGAAAAUUGCAUCAGGAAAGUUGUCUGUAGCAGCAGUUGGAAAUUUGACAUGUGUCCCAUACCUUGAUGAACUUAAGUAAACACAUCAUUCACUGUAUAUAGAUGUAAGAGAAAAUGUACAUUAUGCCAAAUAAAAAUAAUAUUAGAACCCACUGUAGUGAACAGACUAGCUGAUGUGAAUGAAAGAAGAAAGAUUGUUCAAAUUGUAUUGUUAUAAUACCAAUUCCUACAUCUUUUAUUCAGUAAAGCAAAAGUUGUUUCUAGACCUUGUGAUAUCCAACAAUUGUAUUUUUUUAUUUCAAAUAUUAGGAUGGAAAGAAAUAUUUAUUACUGAUUUGAAUUUUUAAGAAUUAUGUGCUUAUUCAGUAUUACAGAGAACACUGAUUUAACUUGUAGGUAUAAAUAAUUAUGAAGUUAUUUAUUAAUAAUUAUCAGAUAUAUUCUUAACUAUUUAUUGAUAUUUUUCCAUCAAAAUUACUUAUUGAUCCUAACUUCCUCUUUAAUCGAAUAGAACCAAAGCUUUCUAGUAAUUUCCUACUAAAUAAUCUUUGUGCCGCCACUAAUAUAUAUUUUAAAAAGCUAGUUUUGUACAAGAGACUGUCUGAAGCAAAAAUCUCUAUCUUCAAUUUUGUAGUUUUGUAUAUUUUUUUGCAAUUUUUGAAAUCAUCAAGGAAUACCCGAAAAUACGACUAGCGCUAUAUUUUUUACAGUUCCUUGUUACAUAUUUGGAGAAUAUUGAAAGAAAAAAAUAAGAGUUCAUUUUGAGACUUUUGUAAAUUUCAAACGCAAAAACCACUAGUUCUUUCAAAAAAUUGAACUUUUUUGAAGAGCCAAUUUUGUACAACACACUGAGGCAAAAAUAUAUCUUUAAUUUUGUAGUUUACAAUGUGUUUAUUUUAAAAAACAAGAAAUGGGAC